AUGUCUGUAAGAGACUCUGAACUUAAAAACCAUUGCACAUUUAAGAGAAAUCAUCAUUCUGUAUCUUAUGUGAAGUCAAAAGAACCAAGGAGAAAAAUAUCUGUCAUAUCUUCUACUUUACUAGAAACAGCUGCCUCUGUUGCAGUUGCUGCCACAGUUGUGGGCACAACAGCUACCCUUGUUGUAAGGAGAACCAAAGCUUCUGAAGAAACUACAGUGCAAAUGGUUAGUGGUGUCUCACGUAAGAGACCAACGGCAUCCAACAGAAGACGUGCUAGGCAAACAGAACCUGAACCAGUGGAAGUGAAUGUCCCUGUGGGUGAGGAUGGCCAUGUGGAUGCGAAUAAUGAUUAUGCUGACGACGUUAUUGGUGUGGAGGAUGACCGUGUUGAUAAUGAUAUUGGUAUAGAGGCUGACCUCAUGGAGGACAAUGUUGGUGUGGAUAAUGACAACACAGAACCAGUUUCGAAUACUCCAGAGGAACCUUCAUUGCUAAUUAGCUUUCGUAACCAUGUUGCUGCCGCUGUUUGGAAGAAAAAGGAACGGGGACCUCUUAAAUGUUUGAAUCGUUUUCGAAAACUUGCCGAGUGGCCAUGGAUGUCACCAACAGUCCAAAAAGUUAGGUGGAGACAUUUGGUUGAGCAGUCUGGUCUUAGUGUCCUUAUUGAUUACACAUAUCGGCAUGGCAAUAGAGUGGCAAUAUUUGCCUUCGUUGAAAGGUGGCAUCUAGAGACAAAUACAUUUCACACACUAGAUGGUGAGAUGACUGUCACAUUAGAUGAUGUGCGGACCAUACUUGGCAUUCCAGUCACUGGCAUGGCUUUGUCAUGUCCUAAGUUAACAAGAUACGAGGCUGCUGAACUGGUGAAUGCUACUUUGGGAGUGCCAGUGAAUGAUGCAUUUGCAGAAUUAAUUCAAUCUCGUGGGCAAUCUGUGAAGCUAGAGUGGUUACGAAUUAGAUUUCAUGAAGUUAACGAUACAGAUGAUGCAAAUUUCAUAGAAUACGUAGCGAGAGCUUACUUGCUAUACUUAUUAGGUUGUACCCUCUUCACUGACAAGAGUGGGACUCAGGUACUUGUUGCUUACUUGCACAUGUUAACUGACAUUGAUGCUAUUAGCUCAUAUGCAUGGGGUGCUGCAGCUUUGGUAUUCCUGUAUAGACAAUUAGGACUUGCUAGUAGGGCUGGUGUUAAGCAGAUUGCUGGUUACUUGAAGCUAUUGGAAGCAUGGAUUUAUAAGCAUUUUCGUUUAGGAAGGCCUCAUCUAAAUUUGUCCUAUUCUGAUGAACAACCUCGUGUGUGUUGUUGGAGUCCGCGGAGAGAUAAAGGUUUUACAAAAGACCACUUGCAGACAUUACGAGAGCAACUUGACAUGUUACGUGCUAAUGAGAUCGAGUGGGAUCCAUAUCGUUUAUGUAGGACACACCAUCCACUUCAUGUGGUUGCAUAUUAUACUGGAUGUUUGAAAUGCUUUGAUAUUGUUGAACUCUAUCAUCCCAAUAGGGUUUUGCGACAGUUUGGUAGGGUUCAAACCAUCCCACCAGAACCAUUAUCUCCUUGUAAUGAUGCUGCUUUCAAUGUUGGUGCUGCAGUCCAUAGGCUCGGUCGUGAUGAGUGUGUCUUGUACCCUGACAUGCUAUAUGAAACCAUUGGUCGCAUGCUGCAAGUUCUUGAUGGACAGAGUUUGGGAUCUGGUUCGACAUGUACAGAGUAUCAAGUCUACUAUCGUAAACGUCGUAGGAUGGACCGUACAUGA